AAUGUCCUGCUGACUGCUUCUAUUUGCUUUGCUCAUAUUCAUCAAGUAAAGUCCAGUGUAAUCCCAAAACACGUGUGAAAAAUUACAACGCUAUCAUGGAAUCAAAUUUUGAUUUUCAAGUUUACAUGAUUAUCUUAAUAGUUCCCAAUAGUCUUCUAUAAUGACUUUAAUAUUUAUAAUUUACACAACAGUGCGCAUUGUUCAUCCAGCUUUUAUGUUGAAAAAUCUGUUGGCAUCCUGUUUCCUGGGCUGAGUAUUUCAAGGUGCGGACAAAAUUAACGGAAGUGAGAAAUUAAUGAGGCUGACUUUGAUUGUUCCUAAACGACGUUCACGAGUCUGGACAAGAAGUUGUAGUGACAACCGCUAUACUGUUGGUUGUGAUAUUUUAUUUUGGGAAAUCAGUAAAAAAAAAAAAAAAAAAAAAAUUGAAAGGAAAUGAAGCGCGACCGUUAGAGUGACGUAAUCGUCCGAUCCCGAUUUCUCCACUGCGGCCAUUUACGUUCAAAAAAAGUUGUUCAAACUCCCCGAGAAGCUAACGCUACCUAGCCGUUUCAGUUUUCCAGAGAAUGUGUAGUUAACUAACGAUAUUUAAAUGACAUUUGAAGGUAUCGAUAAACAUUUUACACAACAACAAUGAAGGUGUGUUAGUGUGACAAUGUGAUAGACGGCAGGGAGAAGCGACACCCCCCCCCCCACACCCACCAACCCACCCACCUCAGAUGGAUGGAAGAGCUCGUGGAAAAGCUUCAGCCUGUUUCCCCUUCUCACAUGACAUUUCAGCUGAGCUCUGGCACAGCACUCCGGUUAAAAAGAAAAAUGCUCCACCGGAUCUCAGCCAGAUCUCUGUCCUAACCAGCUUCAGGAUGGACAACACGGCCAAACAGUGGGCCGAGCGUACCCCUCCCAUCCCAGCAGACACCCCGGGUCCCCGCAGCUCUCUGGACACUGAGUUCCCUGUGAAAGACGUGAGUGGCUCCACCAUCCAGAGGCAGAGGAGGGAGCUGCAGCUGCUGAUGGCUGAGCUGAAGGACAGGGACAGGGAGCUGAACACCAUGUCCACCUCCCAUCAUAAGCAGCUCCACGCCUGGGAACAAGACCGCCAGAGGGUGCUCACCUUGGAGCAGAGGUGCACCCGUCUGGACGAUGAGUUGCAGAAGCGUUACGAGGUGAUCAGAGUCCUGACUAAACGUGUGUGGGUGGUGGAGACCAGGGAGAAGGAGGUGCAGAGGGAGCUCAGCGCAGCCCAGCGGCAGCUCUCUGAGCUUGAACAGAAGCAGCAGCACGUCAGCCAGACAUGUCAAGACUUCGAGGAGAAGAACCAGAGUCUGAACUCCACGCUCAUGGCUCUGUCCUCUCAGGUCGGCUCUCUGCAGGUCAGGGAGGAAGAACUGAGCUCCAUGCUCAAACUCAAGGACAAAGAUGUGACUGAGGCCUCGGGUCAAAUACUCGACCUCACAGGACGCAUACGAGACCUGGAGACGUCGCUGACGGAGAGUCUAUCACGGGAAACCAAGCUCCUGAGGGAAUUAGAGGAAAGUAAACGCCGGCACAGAGAAGCAAGACAUGAGGUCACACACCUUAAAGAGGAGCUGCAGCAGCAGGUGACACAGAGCAGCUCUCAGAGAGAAGAGAUCAUCCGACUCAAACAGGAGCUGCAGCUGCUGCACAGAGAUCUGGCUUUGACAGGGGAGGGCGACAGCUGGAAAGACGAGCUGCUGGAACUGGCUCGCUCCAAACAGGAACGCACCAUGACUGAACUCCGCUGCCUGCGCCAGGUGUGUGAGAAUCAGAGGAACGACCUGCAGCUGUUGCAGUUAAACCUGGAAAGUGCCCGUGAAACCCUGAAGGCGAAAACCAGCGGGAGGUUACUCGGCAGAGGAGCUACUGUGUUGGAGUCAGUGAACAUUGAGGGGAUGAAGGGAGAAGAACGGCCUUCAUGCCGCCGCAGUUCAGAGCCCAGAAGGAGAAAGAGACACGGACCGGCUGAACGCAGCGAGCUCACAGACACACUCAGUGAUGUGACCGUGACGCUCCCUGAUCUGACCUUCAACGCCAACUCCGUCAGUCCCCACAGACGACCGAGAUCAAGAGGAAAUCGCAGCACGUUCACCUCCUACAUGCUCGGCUCUCGAUCUAAAGACGGUCGGCGGGCAGCAAACCGCGUCCAGGAUCAGCCAUGUGGAGAAAAUCGGACGUGAAGAAUCGAGAUCUACGGUCACUUCGCUUCCACAGAGACCGAGCGGAGAGGCGAGGAGCAGAUUAGACAGAAAGAGUCAUUAAACAUCAGGUCAAACAAAGUGUGAACGUAUUUUUCUACAAACACACGUUCAACUCAUUUAAGAUUCAAUCUAAUCUGAUUGGACCAGAUGUUUCUGUUCUGUUAAACCCUCACAGACGGAUACACACAUGUUGAUCUGCUCACAUCAGUGGUGAACACAAGUUUCCUCUGAGGUCCUGGCUUCCAACGUUCAUGUCAUGAAGGGUUAAAUCUCAAAACAGCUGUUUAACUAUAUCUGUGGCUCUGGAGGAGGUUUAAAUAAUCACAUGUUUAAAACAAAGCCUGAGUUACACACUGGAGGUUUUAGAGUCUGGGGUAUUUUCCAGGCAGGGAGGGUCGGUGAAGAUGAUGCUACUGUGGUUUCAUUAUGGAUCCAGUACUAACGCACUGGAGUAAUUCUGUCAUUCAGACACGGCAAAGACAGAGUCACAUCCUCCCCUGGGACGGAGUGACCGUGAAGCUGAAGCCGCCACAUCGUAAAGAACUGGUCGUAACAAAACUCCUUGUUCGCUCGAUGAUUUCACAGAAGAGGCCAGAUUGUGGACCAAGACUCAGUCCAUUGUAGGGAUCCAGCUAGUGUUGCUGUUGCUCCUCACACACCACAGCUGAGCCUGGUAAAACAAAAACAAACAAAUGACUCAUGAAAAGGUGUGAUUCUUAAAUACUGUCUGCUUCUGUCGCUCAUGUAUAAACUGGAGUGUAGCUGUAUCGGUCACCGACAUUUAACCUUGUUGUCUCUCUGUGUGUCUCAGCCAGGAGGAGUUGAGCUGUAGCUGUGUGGAGAACCGGUCUCCUGCCUCCGUCAGGGGGAAGAACUCGGGACCGGCGGCCGACGCCACGGCCGCACCGGGAGCCGGUCUACGAGGCUCCGUGACCGACGACCUGGGAG